AUGGACCGUCGACGGCCGACGACGCCGCCGCUGGCCAGCGUCGCUCUUCUCUUUUUUGUCGCCGUCACCGCCGCGGUAGCCAAGACAGACCGGGCUGAUGUUGAGGCGCUCAAUGUGCUGUUCACUAGCAUGAACAAGCCGUCCAAAUUGGAUGGCUGGAAGGCGGACGGCGGUGACCCGUGCGACGAUGACGACGAGUGGAAGGGGAUCGAAUGCAGCGGCUCGUCCGUCACGGAAAUUGACCUGUCGGGGCUCGAUUUGACAGGCAGCCUGGGAUACCAGCUCUCCGGCCUGAAAUCAGUAACUAAAUUUGACGUGAGCGACAACAAGCUCAGCGGCGAAAUCCCCUACGCGCUUCCACCGAACCUGGUUAAGCUAAAUCUUCAAGGGAAUGCAUUUACCGGUGGGGUUCCUUACUCGAUAUCUCAGAUGUCUGAUCUGGAGACGCUAAACGUCGCUAAUAAUCACUUAAGCGGGCAGUUGACGGAUAUGUUUUCCCACCUCCCAAAACUCUCAAAAGUGGAUCUCUCUUCCAAUCGCUUCUCUGGUAACCUGCCACAGAGUUUCCAAUACCUCUCAGGCCUCAAGACACUGAAUUUGGAGGGAAACCAAUUCAGUGGCCAUAUUGACAUCCUGGCCAAACUCGAUCUCGAUGAUCUGAAUCUGCAGAAUAACAAGUUCACUGGAUGGAUUCCAAGUAAAUUGAAAGACAUUGACAGUCUCAAGACUGACGGGAACCAGUGGUCAUCCGGAUCAGCUCCUCCUGGCAUGAUGAAGGGAUCUUCAGCAGGAAGCUCGUCGAGCGGAGGGAGUGACAGCGGGAUCAACGGUUUUGCUAUCGGAGCAUUGGUGAUAGCGGUGCUCCUUGUAGCUGUUAUUCUCCUGUCGGUGUUAGCGCGGAAAAGAUCCUCUCCUGUCUCAUCACACUACUACAUGGACGAGUCAGGUCGUACGUCAUCAGUCGAGAUGCAGUCGCUGGAGAAAUCGACGUCGAUGGACUGUAAAACACCACCUGCUGUGCCUCGCAAGUCGAUGAAUGAUAAUGAGUUUGAGAACAAAUUGAAUAAUUCGAGGCGAAUCCUGGAUCCAAUAAGCAUGGUAUCUUACUCAUCAUCAGACCUGCAAGCAGCCACUAGCAGCUGGCACAGUAGUAGGCUAAUAGGCCAGGGAACGAUCGGUCGUGUUUACAAGGCAAAAUAUGCCGGUGGACAGGUACUGGCUGUCAAGAAGUGUGAUCCAUUGAGCUUCUCGGGUAGCAGCGAUUUCAUGGAAAUCGUCAACGGCAUCUCCAAGCUGCGCCAUCCGAGCAUAUGUGAGAUUGUGGGUUACUGCUCCGAGCCCGGGCUCUACAUGAUGGUGUAUGAAUACCAGAUGAACGGGUCCCUCUAUGAGUUUCUGCACUUAUCAGAUGACUACAGCAGGCCUCUGACCUGGGACACCCGGGUUCGGAUCGCUCUCGGUAUAGCUCAGGCUCUGGAGUACCUGCAUGAAACCUGCUCACCUCCAGUCAUCCACAAGAACGUAAAGUCAUCUAAUGUCUUGCUCGACGCUGAUCUCAACCCUCACCUCGGCGAUUGCGGCCUCGCAUUCUUUUACGAUGAUCCAAAUGAGAGCUUGGGGCCAGGGUAUAGCGCCCCAGAGUGCGGAAGGCCAUCAGGUUACACGAUGAAGAGCGACGUGUACAGCUUUGCCGUGGUCAUGCUUGAGCUAUUGACCGGUCGGAAGGCCUACGAUAGCUCAAAGCCGAAAACACAACAGUCCUUGGUCAAGUUUGUGACGCCACAACUUCACGACAUGGACGCCCUGGGAGAACUGGCGGACCCAGGUUUGCAUGGUCUGUACCCGCCCAAAUCGCUGUCCCGGUAUGCCGAUGUCAUCGCUCGCUGUGUUCAGGCUGACCCAGAGUUCCGGCCGUCCAUGUCAGAGGUGUCCCAGGAGCUCACCGGCUGCGUCCAGCGUAGUGACAGCGACAGGAGGAUGGGCGGUGGCCUUUAUAGCGCCUCACAACACAGCGACAUGUCCGAUUGGUGA